ACUACAUUCUCCAGCAAUUCCGAUCCCUCUGUCAGUCUGCGAGUGUCAGUGUUCCGGUUAAGCUAGAUGUUCUGCUGCUGACGACUAACGUCUUGUAUCCCGCCACGUUUCCAUUUAGCCGGGAAAAGAAGGAAAUUAACUACUUUCUCUACACAGAUUAAUUGUAGUAGAAACUUCAGACAAUGAGCACAUCAUUGAAGGACUUGCCCAAGGUGAAUGUGGACCUCAAGAGUGAAUUGGAAGGAUUCAAGACAGGAAACAUGAAGAAGGCAGAAACUCAAGAGAAAAAUGUUUUACCAACAGCAGAAGAUGUGAAACAAGAGCGGCAACACAGCGAGCUUAUUCAAGGCGUCGAGAGCUUUAAAACCGACAGGUUAAAGCGGACCAACACUCAAGAAAAAAUUGUCCUACCAAAUGCUCAAGAUGUUGCUACAGAGAAAACUCAGAAAGCUCUCCUGCAGGGUGUGGAAGCUUUUGAUACAGGGAAGUUGAAACACACAGAAACUCAGGAGAAAAAUCCCCUUCCAGAUAAGGAUGUUGUCAAACAAGAGAAGGUCCACCAGAACUUGUUGGAAGGAGUUGAACACUUCGACAAGGCUACAAUGAAACCCACACAAACUCAGGAAAAGAAUCCACUUCCAGAUCCAGAAGCUAUAGAACAAGAGAAGGAGAAACAAAAUUUGAUUGCUGGCAUUGAAAAUUUUGAUACAAAGAAGUUGAAGCACACUGAAACCCAAGAAAAGAAUCCUCUGCCAACAAAAGAAGCCAUUGAUGAAGAGAAAAAGGCAUAAAAACCUCGCUAACUCGUUCCAGCAUUCAGGUGCAUUUUUCAACCAAUUUGCGUAGAAGGAACUUGUCCUCCUGCAACCAGCCAGCUCAAUUGGGAUCAUCUGUUUUUAUUACUUCUGGUCAAUUUAUUUUCUGUCACUAUUUAUAAAAGUAAUAAUAACAAUAAUAAUAUUUUCUUAUCCGGCCAUUAGACAACGAAUGAAAACAAUUUGAAUGUGAUUGUGUAUGCCAAGUGCUUCCGCAUAUUUUGUAUUGGAUAAACCACCAUGGCAAAAUAUUUGUAUACUGUAAUUAUAGCAUAAUUUUUUUAUUAAUUGAAACUGCCUUGGUGUAUUGUUUUAUUUUGAAGAUCAGUAUGUAUGGUUAUGAAGUUUUGUAUGCCGUGAAUGCAAUUAUUAGGCUUGUCACAGUUUGUAUAACCAAUAAACAAUAUAUUUACCAGUAAAAUAUUUUUACGUUAAUUUGUCAUUAUUUUCUUGGGAUUCUGUAAGUAGAAGAUAUUUCAUCCUUAAAGUUAAAUUAAUUAAAUAAACCAUUUUGGAUAAUUGAAUUUUGUAUGAAAAUGCACUAAUGCCCUUUUUUGAAAUGUGCUGUACAUAUCCUUUUUGACUUUUUUGCAAAAUGGGAUGCAGCAUUCUUCUAAAUUAGGACUGAUUUUGAAUUUAGCACUUUGGUGUUGGAGUACAAACAUUCCUAAUAUAUUUUUGUAUGGGUUUUGUACACACAAUAAACAUGUCAUUUACAUUUAUCACAUUUAUGUAAAGUGAACUCCAUGCCCAACAAGUCCAGAUUCUCUGUUAUGAGUUGCAGCUCCUGCACAGUUAAGAUGCUGGAGGUAUAGCUGAGUUAUUUUCCUCACAGUUUUCUAGAUCUGUUGGUCAUAACAUAUUCCCUAGUUGGGCUGGAACAGUCACAUUUUAAGUGGGUAUCUCAUUGUUGAGAUCUUGCCCAUUUCAGAACUGUAUAAUGGUUGAAAUGUUUCUGUACUUUGUAACAUGGAAUGUGUCCUGCUUAAUAACAUUAACAUAUUCAGUAUAUUUUUUCUGAAAGAGCUCCCUCAGAUUUAUAGUUGAGAAAUGUAUGGAUAUGUUCCCUUUUUGGAAGCAAGUACUGGUAUGAAAGAAUGGUGUUUUAGAAAUGACUGCUUUUUAAGUGGGUAUGUUUUUAGUCAUAUUUUACUGUUGGCUAAAAAGUAUGGUACAUUUUUUGCCUUUGAUAUUUGGAACUCAAGAAUUGUAUUAUCUGGUAUUUGGAAUUAAGAAAUGUAGCAAUGUAAAAUACAAAUUCCUUUAAUUAUGUGGUGGGACUGUCCAGAAAUACCACUAUUGCCCAAUAUUCAAGAAAGCUAAGUGUGGACCCACAAGUCUGUUUUUUAUUCAAUCCAUGUGAAGUGCACAUUGUAAUGCCAAAAUUUCAUUUGCACACGGUAUUUGUAUAAUAUUGCUUUAUGUCAUUCCAUAACUUGAAUAAAGUUUAUGUAUGAAAAUUCUUA